AUGAAGCUGCUCGCGCUGCUACUGCUAACCUGUCCCGCAAGAGGCAUGAUACCAGAGGAGGACUGGCUGGUGAGCCGACCGCCGGCUGCGUCCACAUUGACAAAGCAGCCGGACGGGACCCUGCUUCUGAGCAAUGGCCUCAUCAGCCGACGGUUCGUCGUCACGCCCAAUUGGGCGACGGUCUCCCUGCAGAGUGAGGUCCCCGUGGUGGGAGGCCCAACGGAGGCUCUCCGUGGUCUCGCGCCGGAAGCGCGGCUCAAGCUGAGCUGCCCGGAUCACGACCCAAAGAACGCGGGUCGGCGGCUCCUUCCCUACGCACCCGAUGCACUCGAGGGUCUGACAGACCGGAAUGAGAGCGGCGGCAGCACCGGAUCAGCGGGGCGCGCAGUGGGUGGGCUCCGCGGGCAGCGGCGUUACGCGAUGCUCGAUAUGGACGCGUGGAAUCUUACUGCCGGAUCUGACGACUGGAGCUACCAGUCGCAUCAGGUGGCCCCCAUCAAGGCGCGCUGGGCGUGGACUCCGGGCCAGCGCCACUCUGUGAUGGCGGCGUGGCCGCCUCGCGGUGUGGAGCUGCGCGUGGAUUUCAAGCCUCCGACCCGCUGUGGCUGUGGAUGCAACCUGCGUGUAUCGAUCGUCUACGAAAUGUACGACAACGUACCCACCCUGGCCAAGCGAGUGGAGGUGCGCGCGCCGCCGAGCAGCAGCAGCGGGUCGGUGCUCGUGGAGAGGGUGGUGACGGAAGAGCUGCACGUGACAGAGAAUGGGAAGCGGCGCGUGCACGUGGAGACGGACUACAUGCCACGCAAGACGUUUUGGGGCUUCGCGCAGCAGCCCUCCUCCGACCCCGGCAACGGCUCGUACGCUGGCGAUCGCAUGAACUACCCGGCGUGGUGGAUCGAUCCAGACUAUGAGAGCGACAUCCACGACCAGUCGCUGCACGCGGACCUCGCAAACAACGGCCUACUCCUUCAGGUGCAGUACCCGCUCGGCCCGUGGCAGCCAAUCCGACCGGGCGAGUCGCAGUCCUUCUUCACCGUCUUCUUGACCCUCUUCGACAGCGACGACCUCCCGCGCCAGUCGCUCUCCCGCCGGCGCGUCGUGCGCACGCUCUUUCCGCAGGUGACCGAGACCCCGCUCUACUUCUACUCGACAGAUGCGUCGUCAGCUGGCAUCCGACGCGUCGCUGAUCAGGCGCACGCGACUGGCUUCGAGGCCAUCCUCCUCUCGUUUGGCUCGGGCUUCGACCCGAGCUCCACCAACCAGACGUACAUUGCCCAAGUUAAGAACGAUACGCUCUACUGCCGAUCCAAAGGCGUCAUGAUCGGAGGGUACACGCUGAUGCAGAACCCUCCCAACCUGCGCGGCAACGACUACUGCCAGAGCCCCGAUGGGGCCAAGGCGCCUUCGGGGAUGCCGGCCCGCAUCGCCGACUUUUCCACGGCUUUCCACAGCACGUACCGCGCGAAUAUCCUCAACUUCCUCCGCGCCACGACCAUGGACCUGCUCGAGACGGAUGGGCCGUACGAAGGGGCGACCUGCGCGCAGACAGACCAGUCUGGCUUUGCGCACGUCAACAACUCACAGCUCGCGCAGUAUCGCGCGACGGUCGACUUCUACCGCACGCUCAAGCGCGAGCUCAACACGUUCAACACCGUGCCCGACCCUUACUGGAGUAGCGGCGGCACCAACAAGGAGCCGAUGGGGUACACCGACGCAUGGAAUCGCAUCCCCGUGACGCCCUCUGGCACGCGAGAGUACCUUGAGCUCGCGCGCAUGUAUCUGUACGACGGGACCACGCACAAGCCCACGACCAUGGGGUGGAUGGCCUUUGAGAUGUCGCGCACGCCGCCACCACUGAGCCGCCACCUACACACGCUGGAGGAAGCGGCGGCCAGCUUCCUCGGCCAAGGUAACAUCGCCGCGUACCGCGGACCGCAGCUGUACGACGACGCCAGCCCGGAUGUGAAGCGGAUGUGGACGCUAUGGGUGGCGCACUACAAAAGGUACCGUGGAAUCCUCUCUGCGGACAUGGUGCAUGUCAGCCGACCGUCAGGCCGCGGCCUCGAGGUCAUCGUGCACGUCAACGCCUCCGCCAAGCCUGACGAGCCCCGAGCCAUGGCCAACCUCUUCAACCCAACCGAGGCGACGAUCAAACGGACUGUGGAGCUGCCGCUCUACUAUGCGGGCGUCGCCCCUGGUGCCUCCGUCGAGCUGGCCUGGGGCGGCUCCCUCGUCAAUCCCACUCGGUGGCAGGUGCCCGAGAACUCUACGCAUACUGUGCGCGCCGACUACAGCGUGCGCGUUGAGCUGCAGAUGGCACCACGAUCGUUUCUCUGGGCCGCCCUUCGCGUGGUCGCGCCGGCGCCCCAUGGCCCACGCAGCAUGGCGGCCUGCCUGCAAAGCGCGUGA